CGCGCACAAUCUCGUCCCCGUUGUCGCGAUUAUACCCAUGACGGACAACGUCACAUCUGCAUCACAGACUGGAGUAUUUCAAGUCGACCAUAAACGUCGAAAGUUGACUCCGGAGAGGGCAAAGGCUAACUAUCUUUCUGGGCAACUCCGUCUGCGUUUACAAUAUGCCAAGCUGAAGGUCGAGCAUGGAUGGCAACGACAAAAUCUCAACGAAGUGGAGAAUCUCUACUUCCGCCACACGCAUAGGAAUCGGCCGUCUCCCACUGUCUCUUCCGGAGGACGCAGAAACACAGGAGCGAACGCGCUGGUCCUCACGCCAAACACCAUCUUUCCCGUGAAUGAGUACAAGCAGGACCAGCUCGCGCAAAGCGGAUUGCUCAUGGCGGAGGCGUUGAAUCGUUCCGUUCAUCAACUGGCAGCAUCGACUAGCUCGAACACGCCAUCCACAUCGACACUCGCCUCGCCUGGCCACACGUACGUGAACCGGUCAACGCCGCUCUCUCCUUUCAGUCACGUCGCAAGCCAGGCAAAUGAGCAACAACCGUCCUCUUCAACACCACAACCCUCGUCGACUCUACCUACAGCGGCAGAGACAACCACAAGUGAAGUUAAUUUGACGGAGCAAGUUCCUCCGGGUGCUUCCCCUGCGCUAGGUAACAUGUCGCCGGUAGCAUCCACAACACCUACCAACCUCCCCGUCUCAGACGACCAAACGCAGACUGACCAAGAGGUAUCCCCCUCCCAGCCUGUGUCUUCUUCGAUCGAGCAUCCCUCACAACCGCAAGCGGCCCCAUCGCCAGCCGCCACAGUCGCAGCACCUUCCGCACCAGCACAGAGCUCUCCAACUCUCUCUGAUUCCGUAGGACCGCUCAUGAAUCCUGGCGUCACGCUGACGUACGACGCAUUCUGGUCCUCGCACUCGCUCUCGACGCAGGCGUACCGCAACGUGCUGUUCAACUCGAUGGCGUUCGGCGCGCCCGCGCCCGAUCCACGAUUCAUGGGCAGCCAGCCCGCGUUCAGCGCCGCCGCGGCCAUGCCAAUGAUGCCGAUACAGGUGUCGCAGCAGGCGGAUGGGUUCGUGACACCGGGCGGACAGAGCAGCGUGGGUGGGGUCGGGUGGUCACCAUAAUGUCGGGUCGAGCGAUGGACAUUUCAUGCUAUGGGUUCUGAUGCAUAUGGUACGCGUGUAUGCUAUGUCAUUGCUAAUGCUAGGUUGCUUUAUUCUUCCUUCUAUGUUUUCUGCACAUCGUUCCAUACUCUUCAUAUAUCAUCUUCCUGCGGUCGCAAGCGAGAAGGUUCGUGUUCAGAUUGUUCCAGUAAAUACCGAGUCCUGGAGGAGGUCGAUAGUGACUCAGGAUUCCUCAGUGUUUUCAUCUCGCUCACUCAUAUUGCUCGUUACGGGUUAU